AUGGCCUUCCAAAUCAGAUCAAUAGCACCGGCAUGCCGUUCUCUCAAUCGGACAGCAUGUCUCAUUAAAAGGCCGGACAGCUUCGCACGGUUGUUUUCUUCCGCACGGAUAGUCCUACACGAGAAUCCUCUGGGCUUGCCUCGGAGCGGUGCACCUCCUACCCUUCCUAGAAUGCAACGCGGACUACCAACGAAACGCAAGCUGCCUGGCGUGGACAGGAUCAUUGCGGUAUCCUCGGCGAAGGGUGGUGUGGGAAAAUCGACAGUAUCAGUAAACACUGCGCUUGCACUGGCACAGGCUGGAAAGCGUGUUGGUAUCCUUGAUGCUGACAUCUUCGGGCCAUCUAUCCCCAAGCUGUUGAAGUUGUCUGGCGAACCUCGUCUGUCAGAAAACAACCAGCUUUUGCCAAUGUCUAACUAUGGUUUGAAAUCCAUGUCUAUGGGCUACCUGGUGGGCGAGGAGGCACCUGUAGUAUGGCGAGGAGCAAUGGUUCAGAAGGCAAUGCAACAGCUCCUCCACGAGGUUGAGUGGGGAGGGCUGGACUACCUGAUCAUUGACAUGCCACCUGGUACUGGUGAUGUGCAACUUACUAUCAUCCAACGGAUUAUUCUAGAUGGUGCUAUCAUUGUUUCUACACCGCAGGAUAUCGCCCUGAUUGAUGCCGUGAAGGGGCUCAACAUGUUCAAGAAGACGGACACGCCUGUUAUCGGCAUGGUACAGAACAUGAGUGUCUUCGUUUGUCCAAACUGCUCAACGCAUACGCAUAUCUUUGGUACGGAAGGUGUCGUACGGACAGCGGAGAAGCAUGGAUUGAGUGUUAUCGGGGAUGUACCGCUUCACGCGAGUAUCUGCCAACAUGCAGAUGAAGGGAAACCGACUGUGGUUGCUGAACCGGAAAGUGUUUAUGCGCAGGCUUACAGGAAGAUAGCUUCCGCCAUCAUUGAGAAGUUCACUUAG